AUGCUUAAUGACAAAUGGGACAAAAAACAUGACUUGGAUCGGCCAAUUAAAUUUAAUGUUACUCAUACUCGCAAUUUUAUUGACGACAUCUGGGCAGAGGAUUUUUUUGCUGAAGAUAUCUGUGAAGAUGUCUUUGCUGAAAAUGUCUUUAGCAAAGACAUAUUUGCUGAAAGUAAUGAAUUUGAUGAAGAAAGUGAAAAAGAACUUGAUAAAGAAGCAAUGACAACCCCAACAAUCAUAUAG